AAAUUAUAGAAAGCCAUUCCUCCAUUAAUUACUACUAUAAUACAUGUAGGUCCUUUUUCUUAUUCAAUUAUAUAAUCAGUAUAAAUAAUAUCAACUGAACAAGUAGUUUGGUCGAAAAGGAAAUAAAAAUCCCGUCAGCAUUUUAGUGGUUUUUGACGUGAGCGGCGAGAUUUGCAGCGUCAUUUACAUGUGGAAAGAGGUUAAAGAAUAUAAACACAAUUAGUUGGUAUUGAAAAAUCUAAAUAAAAAGAAAUGUACCAAUAUGUUUUUUGUACUGAUUUUUUAGAACUCAGAUAGAUCUCAGCUAGUAUUUCUUAAAACAUUUUUAUUCUCAUUAAUAGAACACUGUAGUAAAUAAAUAGUUUAGAGUAGUUCCAAUGACAAGUGUUAUAUAGGGGAUUCUUAAUAAUUAAAAAAUUAAAAUUAGAGAGAAAAAAAAUUAAUGAAAUUUUUUAAAAAACCGGUCCUAAACUCUAAACGACAUAUGUCACUUAACUAAGCUUUUAAUUGGUUUUGAAAAAUUAAACAUUAUCAAAUAUUCUUAUAAUAAUAUUAUUUUGUUUUAUUUUAGAAACUGGUAGAGGUUGUAACUGAUAAUGUUGCUCUUAUACAAACUUUCUUUUUCUCUUUUUUUACGUCAAAAGGCCAUUCUAUUACUCAAACUUGAAGUGGUCUAAGUAACCAAACCGGAAUAAAACAACCAACAAAAUGUAACCAAACCGGAAUACAAACUUCAUUUAACCAGAAAACAUCGUUGAUAAAAAUGUAAAACUGCAAUAUAUUAAUACUAUAUAUAAACUUAAUUGUUCUAGUUCCAUUCAAUAUUCGGUUGCCGUAAUUUAUUAAUGUAAACAGUCCGUUUUAUUAUUUUGUGACCUCUGCAUUAUACAAUAAAUCCAACUUGUAAACUCAUAUAUUCACAUCACUAACACAUAUACAUAUAUGCAUAGACAUGUAUUUAUAUUUUUUUUUUUUAUCAAAACAUAUAUAUAGUUAAAUACACAAAUCUGAGUGUUUGUAAAAGUCAUUGUACACUAGUGUCUCCUCUCUCUCAUCCUUUUGGUAUAAUUAGAAAGAGGGGACAUGUUUUGAGUCUUUCUUGAUAUAUUAAUUUAUAUCAAAAGCCUCCCAACAACCAUGGCUUUGCUUCCGGUGAAGCCUCUAUCUUUCCACCGCUUUCAGGUUUUCCCCCGGCAUCUUAUUACUCCGGCUGUUUCAACUGUUCCGGGAAUGGUUUCUGCCGGUUUCAAAAGCCAUCAUUUCGUAGGGCUCCCUUCUUAUGAUCUAUGUAUCCAUGAAUCUGUAAGGCAUAUGAGAAGCCUAAGGUCGUGGAGUAAUCGUCGCCGAGUAAGCAGAACCGUCGGCGUGUCUAUGCCGGUGGCUUCGGCUGAGGAUUUACCGGCGGCUUCUUGGGAUUCUUGGAAGCCCGAUAAGACCACGGUGGCUCCGUCACUUAGUGACGUCAUUUGGCCUGCAGCAGGAGCGUUUGCGGCUAUGGCAAUAAUGGGAAGGAUAGAUCAAAUGUUAAACCCUAAAGGGAUCUCAAUGUCGGUUGCACCACUUGGUGCCGUCUCUGCCAUUCUCUUCACCACUCCUUCUGUACCUGCUGCUAGGAAAUACAAUAUAUUCGUGGCUCAAAUAGGUUGUGCAGCCAUUGGAGUAUUGACUUUCUCCAUCUUUGGGCCGGGUUGGCUCUCCCGCAGCAUCGCACUAGCUGCUUCCAUUGCAUUUAUGGUCAUUGCUCGUGCUAGUCAUCCUCCUGCGGCAAGUUUACCACUACUGUUCAUAGACGGGGCAAAGUUACAAAAGUUAAACUUUUGGUACGUAUUAUUCCCCAGUGCAGCGGCUUGCAUCCUCCUCUGCUUCCUCCAAGAGAUCGUGUGCUACUUGAAGAAAAACUUGAAAUUUUGAUGAAUGGAAAAGGACGAAGUCAAGAGUGUUAUAUGCAUGUAUAGACACAUUGGUGGAGGAGUUCAUGUGCAGAUUUUUUUAUAUAUAUUAGACGUUUAUCGAAGAUGGUCGACGUACACAUACAUUAAAAAAAAAUAUACGUACAAAUUAUACAUA